AGUCUCUGUUUCAAUCCCAAAAGUAACUAAACAUUUCAAAACCAGACACAGUCUCACUAUUUGAUGUCUAUCCCGUUUUCGUUUUAUAAUCAUUUGGAAUAAAUAUGCCCGCCCCCCGACUCCCAGGACCAGAGACCGCCAGGAUGCUGCAUAGCAGUUACAAUCGUGCACCGCGUCGCAAAUUAAUACCAAAUUUAUUCAGCAGCAUCCUGCAGGUGAUCGCCGACUCGGAGCAUCCGUUGACGGAGCCCGAGAUUGUGGCAGCCAUCUCCAGGCGUAUGAAUCGCAACGAUGAGGAGCUGAAGCGACAGAUUACUGUCGGUCUGCAGGAUGCCCUUAUCACUGGCUAUCUGCGUAUCAAGAAUCUUCGCUAUUCGGUGAUAUCAAAUCGCUUGGAACAACUUCAGAGUCAUGGCGGUAGCUCCUCUUCGGGUAUUGCUAGAGCCUCAUGGACAUCGAAUGGUUCAAAUAUUAGCCGUGAAUCAUUGGAGUAUGGUGAUCCCAGUGGAGGGACUACUUCGGAGUCGGAAUAGCAACAAAAUUAAUCAAAGUUCAUGAAGAAAUUAAUCCGAAAUAGAGAGGAAAGUGAUUAAAUUCUCAAGUUCGUUAAAUUAAAUCAAAAACA